UCAUCCCUAGUGUUUAUUUUGAUUUCGUUUUUUUGUAGCACGAAAGUUCGGCGAUAUUUUCGAAAACUCGCAAUUUUAAUAAUUUCAGUAAAGUUUGAGUGAUUUAAUCGACCUCUUCCAGCUUCGUUUUGGCAUAAAAUAAUGUGCAUUGAUUGAUGAACUCAUUCUAAAGCUUGACACCGGUAAUGGAAACUGUUACUGAGCUAUCGUUCCUCGAAACCGAGGAUACUACAUCGAAAAAUCCUCCACGAACCUAUUCGUCUAUGAAAUCACUCAAAGAAACUCCAACUCCAUCGAAAGAACCAGAAAGUGAACUGCCAAAUAUCGAUACUCCAAACACCAAGGAAGAAGAGCCUAAUAAGACACCCAAAUUCGUCAAAAAAGUCACCAACUCUCCCAAAAAGGAGAAGUAUCCCUGUCCGCUAUGCCCGAAAGAGUUCCAGAACAAAUCCGGUCGAUAUAAUCAUAUAAAAAUACACCACAAAGUGAAACUAGAUUUCGGUAAAGUUCAUUGUUUGGAAGCCGGAUGCUUGUUUUCCUGCAUGUAUACGACAGUGCUCCAACAACAUCUUACCACCGUUCACAACAUUCCGAUGAAAUAUCUAAAUUUAGAAUUCGACAAUUACGAAGAUUUUGAAAAAUGGAAACACCACUUUGAGACCGGCGAAGUUUGCAGAUUUGUGAAGAAAAGCGGCGCCAGGGUAGGCGAAGCUGGUAAAUCGAUGUAUUUGUACUGCAGUCGUAGCGGAACGUUCGUCAGUCAAGGAAAAGGGACGCGUUUGAAGAAAAUAGGAUCUUCCAAAAUUAGCGCUCAUUGUACAGCUCUGAUAAAAUAUUUCGAAGAAAGCUCCGGACGAGUUAAAGCUACAGUCUGCGCUACUCAUUACGGUCACGAUAAAGAUCACCGUUUUCUAAGACUAACCAAGUUACAAAAAAGACACAUAGCCGAGAAGAUGAAAUCGGGAAUGUCUCGCGAAUUAGUCCUGGACUCGAUUCGAUCGACGUUCGUUAAUAAAUUAGACAGAAUACACGAGUUAUCGAAGAAAGAUUUGAAUAAUAUACAAAAAUCGUACAAUAUUCCUAUCGUUAACGAGCGUAAAAAACAGACCAAUUCUUCGUCCGUGUUUUACCCGAUGGAUUUAAUCAAAGAUGACUGGACUAGCGAUAUAGAUAAAAACGAAGAAAGCCCUAUACUAUUUUAUAAAAACAACAACACCGAGCACGAAACGCUGCAAAAUAAAGAUAAAUGUUUGAUUUUGAUGACCAAAGGUCAAAAAGACUUGUUUUUGAAGUUCUGCAAUAACGGCGUCGCCUACGUUACCACCUUCAGGUUAUCGACUAUGAUAGGUUUACACCUGACUGUCAUCUUUAUAUUGGAUGAUUUUUACGAAAUGUUCCCGGUGUGUUUUAUGAUCAGCACCGAUACGAAAAGCGAGAUGAUGAAAUUAUGUUUUAAUCAGUUAUUCAACGUCGUAGGCCCGAUCUCGAUCCGAGCUCUGGCAACAGAUAACGACUCUAAUGUGCUAGAGAACUGGCACGAAGUAAUGGGUCCGCAUUGUUCGCACAUCGUCGCCAACAGACACGUCGAUACCGAAUGGAGGAAAUCUCUUACUAUGGUCGAAAACGAAGUCUUUCAAGGAGACAUAUACGAUAGAUUAUACGAGUUUAUCGAAAACGCCGAAGGAACCGAACAGAGAAUGUACUCGUUAAUAGAGGAACUUCGUGCAUCCGUUAAUACCGCUCAAUUCGCCACCUACUUGGAGAAAAACUAUCUUCCUAAUAUUACUCUUUGGUCUACGUAUUAUCUGAAGCGAGAAUUAAGUCUCAGGGAGCCCGUAGACUACGAGACCUCUUACAGUAAGAUCUCCAACGUGAGUGAGAUAAGUUGUAAAUACAAUAAAACCGUUUCGACGACGGCUAAAGGCUUAAUCAAGCUACUAAUCGAUUGCCAAUCUCAUCGUAAUCGUAAAGUAGCCGAAAACGUAGUCCAAAUAAGCAACGCACAUAACGCCAGCGCCAACUCCAGCAUCGAGAGUGUAUUUCCUUACGAAAACGGUAAAUGGAAAGUAUUAGUUAACGAGUACGAAGAAAAAAAAGUAUUCGAAGUGAGUACAGCCUGCUGCAGCUUCGACGAUUGCGUUCUAAUGUGCGAUAAGUGCGAAUCCUGCGUCCACAGUUUCUACUGCGUUUGCGACAGCUACGUCGAUGGUAAAACCUGCAUCCAUGUGCAUUUGGUAGGCUCGAUGUUGAAAAAAUUGAAAUCCGAUGCCGAUGCCGAAGAAUUGAACAUUGUUUUAUCAUCUUACGACGAAAUGAACAAGAAUCUCAUCACGGAAACCGAACAAAACAACGAAAUGCACUCGUUUAAAUCCGAAUCGCUCACGGUUUUGGAAGAAAUUGGUAGAAAAGUGAUGAAAGAAAAAGACGAGAAAAGCAUGCAACAACUGUUGACCGCUAUUAAAGAUUUUCGAGCUAAUAUAGACGUUUUAUCCAACUACGGUAGUCAUGCGAAAAACAUGACUUUCGUUAAAAGUUCCAAACUGGUGACGAAAACGAAAAAGAAACCUCCGAAACCUCAGAUCAAGAAUAUCAAGAAGAAAGUUAUCACCAAAAGGAAAACUAGAUCAUCGAAGAAUUAAUUAGAAUCAUCGUUGACUCAUUUUAAAUAAUACAAGAAUUUUAAAAAUUAACUGUAAAAUCCAAGUAUUAUUAUUGUGUCUGUUCUCUAGUCGUUAUAUGUAUUGUAAUUUCGAUGGACGAGUUUCAACUCGUAAUCAUUAAGUACCUAUCUGUGUAUCGUGAAUCAGGAUUUGUAAUUCUCUCUAUUUCUCCUCGAAUUUCAUUGUACCUAUGUAUCUAUUUUUAAACGGAUUUCCUACGAUUAUUAUUAUUACUAUUGAUUAUUAUUAUUACGAAAACUUGAACGUUUCAAUGCGCAAGUUUGCUACGAGAAGCUGGUUUCCGUUGAGCUUGUAAAGAUUACAUGGAAUUUCUUUAA